GAACACCUUCAUUUCAUUUCAUUACUUUCAGUCUUUCAUACAUUGAUGCUCUUUGUCUGAGUUUAUUCGUAAAGGACGCUUCACAGGGGAGAUUCUUAAAUCAACGUAUAGAUUGGAGAUAAUAUGAGUAAUGUACCCAACCAAAAUGGAUCAGGUCUAGAGCAGCAGUUUGCUGGUCUGGACUUGCAGAGCUCUGGCUCUGGUAGUAACCAGGGAGGCAGUAGCCAGGGAGGCAACUCAGGGGGCGGAGGCAAGAGCCUGUACGUGCCACCGCAUCAGCGCAACAAGUCAGGGGGCGGCGGAGGCGGAGGUGGGGGCGGCUACAAAGAUUCCUCUCGCGGCGGAGAUUGGGAUCGCGACUAUAAUCGCGGCAACAAUCGCUCUUACGGUAACAACCGCGGAGGCAGCGACUACGGUCGGGGUAGAGACGGGGGCGGUGGAGGCGGUGGUGGGGGUGGCAGACGCAAUGGUCUGGACUAUGACAACUUCAACGGUCGCGGCGGCGAUGACAGGGAUCGUCGCGAUGACCGAGAUCGUGACAACUGGGGCGACAAUCGCGGAUAUCGCGGCGGUAACAGGGAUCGCGACCGUAACCAAGGUGGCGGGGGCGGAGGCGGCUGGGGCGGCCGUGGAGGCGGAGGCGGCAACAUGCCGGCACAGAACGACCGGUGGCAGGAUGGGGGCAGUGGCGGGGGCGGGGGCGGUGGCAACGACUGGCUGCACAUGUUGCCACGCGACGAGAAGACGGAGUCGAUGCUCUUCCAUUCGGAUAACACCGGCAUCAACUUCAACAAGUACGAGGGCAUUCCCGUCGAUGCUACCGGCAACAAUGUGCCCAAUCACAUCGAUUCGUUCGAGGACAUCCAGAUGACUGAAAUCAUCUCGAACAACAUAAAGCUGGCGCGCUACGACAAGCCGACGCCGGUCCAGAAGUACGCCAUCCCCAUCAUCAUGGCGGGGCGUGACGUCAUGGCCUGCGCGCAAACUGGUUCGGGCAAGACGGCUGCCUUCCUUGUGCCCAUUCUCAACCAGAUGUUUGAGCGCGGCCCGCAUGGCUUCAAUCAGAAUCCCAACGCUAGAUCGUACGGUCGCCGCAAACAGCACCCCCUUGGCUUGGUUCUGGCCCCCACCCGUGAGCUGGCCACACAGAUCUACGAGGAGUCCAAGAAGUUCGCCUAUCGGUCACGUGUGCGUCCAUCUGUCGCAUACGGUGGCGCGUCAGUGGCAGACCAGAUGCGCGACCUUGACCGCGGCUGUCACCUGCUGGUGGCCACGCCGGGCCGCCUGGUGGACAUGCUGGAGCGAGGCAAGAUCGGCCUCGACAACUGCCACUUCCUCGUGCUCGACGAGGCCGACCGAAUGUUGGACAUGGGCUUCGAGCCGCAGAUCAGGCGCAUCGUCGAGAACGACUAUAUGCCUCCCACCGGCCAACGCCAGACGCUCAUGUUCUCCGCCACCUUCCCCAAGGAGAUACAGCUGCUGGCGCGUGACUUUUUGGAGAACUACAUAUUCUUGGCGGUGGGCAGAGUGGGCUCCACUUCGGAGAACAUCACACAGAAGAUUGUGUACGUGCCAGAGAACGACAAGCGCUCGUUCCUGCUCGACCUGCUGUCUGCCGCUUUCCACGACAAAAACAACCCGUCGCUGACGCUGGUGUUUGUGGAGACGAAGCGCGGCGCCGAUUCGUUACACGACUUCCUGCACGACGCCAACUACCCGGCCACCUCCAUCCACGGCGACCGUUCCCAGAAGGAGCGCGAGGAGGCGCUGCAUCUCUUCAAGUCGAAGUCGACACCGAUCUUGGUGGCCACGGCUGUGGCGGCGCGUGGCCUGGACAUCCCCCACGUGACACAUGUCAUCAACUACGACCUGCCCAGCGACAUUGAGGAGUACAUCCACCGCAUCGGUCGUACCGGCCGUAUGGGCAAUCUCGGGCUGGCCACGUCGUUUUUCAACGACAAGAACCGCAACCUGGUGAAGGACCUGGUUGAAGUGCUGAGUGACGCCAAGCAGGAGAUCCCCAGCUGGCUGGAGAACCUGUCUGCCGAGUUGAAGCACUUUGGCGGCAGCAAGCGAGGAGGUGGCAAAUACCCGUCCAGUGGCGGUGGCGGUCGCUUCGGCAGCCAGUUUGGGUCACGUGACUACCGCCAACAGGGUGGGGGCGGUGGAGGCGGUCGCUCUUCAGGGGGCGGCGGGGGUGGUCGCUCACAGGGCGGCUACAGCAACUAUGGCAAUUCCGGCAACUCUGGGUUCCAUGGUGGUGGCGGAGGCGGCUACGGUGGCUCCUAUGGCGGCGGCAACAGUGGAGGGGGAGGCAGCUCUCACACCGACUGGUGGGGAGACAACUAAGUGGUGUCGUCAUCAUCGGUUGUCUGUCUCUUUCAUCUCUCUUUGUUUUGUGCAUAAUGAAAAAAAUAUUAAUUGGAAGAUCGGGCUCCAUUUGUUUAUUAUUACAAGUAAUAAUGAGAAUGUCAUGUCAGAAACUCUGCUAGACAAGUCAUGUGUGAUAUAAAGGGUGUGUCGAAGGUAUCGACGCAUUCUGCGUGGAGGCAAGCGAAUUAUGUGAUGUGGUAACGUACGUGUACGUGUCAAAGGAAAUCUUUUAGGAAAAUAAUACAUUUUCCUCCCAUACUGAAGAGUUGAGAAGAGUUAUUCUUAUUUAUUAUUCCUUGAAUGAAAACCUAUGGAAACUGCUGAGAAAUACAGACUACAACCCUCUUACUCUAAUCAAUAAUAACUGAUAAUAUAUAAUUGUUUUUAUAUUAUUAUAUAUUAUUUUUUCUAUCGGUAUAGAUGUAUUUAUAACAACAAACUGAUUACUUGUUAUUGUUUUUGUUUAUUUCUGUCGUAUUGCCAAUGAUAUUAAAUUGUCAACAAUGCGUUUGCUAGCUAAUUUUAAGUAGGGUUUUUUUGUUCAAUUGUUCUCAUCGAAUAAUACUUCUUGUUGAUUGGAAGAAUGUCAGUCAAUUUAAUGGUGAACAUUUCUCAUUGAUGACAUUUAUUGUGGAAAUGAUCAUGAAUUUGAAAAAAAAAAUAUAUUGAUAGUGAUGUAAUCACUAUUGAUUUGUUGGUGAACAGUUUUCGAAUAUUGCGAGAAUAAUCGUAAAUUUGAGAGAAGAGAAAAAUUGGAACAAAGAUAGAUAUUUCGAUACAUCCAUGUUUUUAUGAUGAUGUGAUCGUGAGCAGUUCUGUGAGUAGUGGUGUUUGUCAACGGAUCACGAGAUAACGAACAUUUUAGUACAAAGAGGAUGCUCUUUUAGAACAGCGUUUACAAUCUACAUCAUCUCUGGAGGUAAAACAAUUUGUUACUGUACAUUUAUAUUAUUUAUUGCUAGAACUUACCAUCACUUUUUACAAAUUCAACUCCUUAUUGUAGUGAUGUUUGUUAAUUUUUUAGGUGGAAAUUUUUUGAAAUUGUGGUUCAUAGGAUACGAUAUUAAUAGUAUUCACACAUGGAUAUCUAGCUUUUUUAGUUCUUAUGUCAGAAAUUAGUAUCCGAAAUGACAGUGUAAUUUGUUCCAGGCGUCUUCUUUGCUAUUCCUUGUCCUUAUCCUCUUUUAUUUCCUUCCUCUUCUCCCAUUCUCUUCAAAUACUUCCUUUUCGCGUCGGUUUCUGAUGAUUAAUUGAUAACAGUGGCGAUCACCAAUUAUUGGUCAUUAAUUUCACAAAGUUUAAGUAUUUAAAAAUCUUAUAUAUACAAUUAAAUUAAUAAAAAUUUAU